AUGAGGGAGAAAACCAUGCCGUUUUCUGAGACUACACCUCUUUUAGAGGUCCAUGUCGCACCUCCGCGGCAUCGGUACCCUCACCACGCCGUCCGUCGAGCUUGUACAUACUUUCUCGGCAUCCUACUUGUAAUUGCCGUCAUCCUCUUCCUGACCCCAUUUGCCGUCCUACCUCGGGAACACGGCUCAAUCUGGUCCUAUCUCCCUUGGGCUCAGCCAUUCCCCCAUAAGGACUGGCCCCAUGCGGACGGUCUGCCCUACGACCAGCUUCAGCAGGUCCUCCUCAAUACCCCAUCGGCCGCCAAGGCCCGCGAGUGGAGCGAGUACUAUACAGCCGGACCCCACCUGGCUGGCAAGAAUCUAAGCCAGGCCCUGUGGACUAUGGACAAGUGGAAGGAGUUUGGAGUUGAGGAUACUACUAUCGCUACCUAUGAUAUUUACCUCAAUUAUCCUUUGGAGCACCGUCUUGUUCUUCUCAAGAAAUCAGGCGAUAAGGCCGAGGUCACCUUCGAGGCAACUUUGGAGGAGGACGUUCUGGAAGAGGAUCCUACUUCUGGAUUGCCUGACCGAGUUCCUGUUUUCCACGGGUACUCGGCCACCGGCAAUGUCACCGCUCAGUUCGUGUAUGUCAACUUUGGUACCUACAUGGACUUCCAGGACCUGGUGGAUGCCGGUGUGGACUUGGAGGGCAAAAUCGCCAUUGUCAAGUAUGGCAGAAACUUCCGUGGCUUGAAGGUUAAGCGUGCACAGGAGCUUGGUAUGGUUGGUGUUCUCAUCUACAGCGAUCCUCAGGAGGAUGGCGAGAUCACCGAGGAGAAUGGUUACAAGGCCUACCCUGAUGGACCGGCCCGUAACCCCAGUGCCGUCCAAAGAGGUAGCACGCAGUUCUUGAGUAUUCUUCCUGGUGAUCCCACAACGCCUGGGUAUCCGUCCAAGCCUGGCUGCGAGCGGCAAGAUCCGGACAAUUCAAUCCCCUCCAUUCCCUCCCUUCCCAUCUCCUAUCAGGAGGUGAUUCCUUUCCUCAAGGCUCUGAAUGGCCAUGGUCCGAAGGCUUCGGACUUCAAUCGGUGGUGGCAGGGUGGUCGCCUUGGCCACAAAGGCGUUGAGUACAACAUCGGACCUUCGCCAGAAGAUGUAGUCAUCAACCUGGACAACCAGCAAGAGUAUGUGACCACCCCUGUGUGGAACGUCAUCGGUGUCAUCAAGGGACAUAUCGCCGACGAGGUCAUCAUCCUGGGUAACCACCGCGACGCGUGGGUUGCUGGUGGUGCCGGUGACCCCAACAGUGGAUCUGCCGCAAUGAACGAAGUCAUACGCAGCUUUGGCGAAGCUUUGAAAGCUGGGUGGAAGCCUCUGCGUACCAUCGUCUUUGCCAGCUGGGAUGGCGAAGAAUAUGGUCUUCUCGGUUCGACCGAGUGGGUCGAGGAGAACCUGCCCUGGCUCUCCAAGGCCAACGUGGCCUAUUUGAACGUCGACGUGGCUGCCACUGGCACAGAGUUCGGUCCUCGAGCUGCACCUCUGCUCAACCAGGUCAUCUAUGAUGUGACUGGCCUGGUGCAAUCUCCUAACCAGACUGUUCCCGGACAGACAGUUCGGGACGUUUGGGAUGGCAACAUUGCCACUAUGGGAAGCGGCAGUGACUUCACUGCCUUCCAGGACUUUGCCGGUGUCGCCAGUCUCGACUUUGGAUUUGGGCGCGGGAGCAACGAUCCAGUCUACCACUACCACUCCAACUACGACAGCUUGGCAUGGAUGGAGAAAUACGGCGAUCCAACCUGGUCAUAUCAUAUUGCGUGCACCAAGCUUUGGGCACUCGCCGCCGCGCAGCUUGUUGAAUCACCCGUGAUCGCUUUCAGUGCUUCUGAUUACGCUCGGGGUCUCGGAGACUAUCUGGCACAUGCGAAGCCAGCUGCGGACAAGAUGCCCAAGGAGCACUUUGACUUCAGCGGUCUGGACCUGGCCAUCGACAAGUUCGGCACGGCCGCGAUCUUGUUCGACAAGUACACCGAUGGCCUGAAGGCGCAACUGGGUGAGCACGUACCUUGGUACCACUGGUGGAAGAAGGUCCGACUCCUCUUCCAAAUUCGGAGGGCCAACGACAAGUACAAGGGCAUCGAGCGUGUAUUCCUGUACGAGCCGGGCCUGGACGGUCGGAACUGGUUCAAGCACGUUGUGUUUGCACCGGGUAUCUGGACGGGUUAUUCGGGUGCAACCUACCCCGGACUAGUGGAGAGCCUUGAGGCUGAGGAUAUGGAGAACGCCAAGAAAUGGAGCAGGAUUAUCGAGGAGCGGAUUGACGCAGCCACCCAGCUGCUCCAGUAG